AUGGAGCUGUACCGCCCCGGAUGCGCUGUGUUUCCCUACCUACCUUGUCACAAUCUUGAGGCACUACAAAUCGAAACCUCAGGAUUGUGGGAUUGUCAUUUCGACCUGAAAGCACUGUUACCAUGCCUAAAACACCCCAAGUUGGAGAACCUGGUCAUAGACGGCUACAUGAAUCUUUAUGACAGUAGCUGGACCAGGAAGUUCGCCGAGGGGGGUGUCGAUCAUUUAGUACCAAAUCUGAAGAGGUUUCACUUGGAAAACCUUUCAAUUGACAUUGGGGAUCUCAAGGAAUUCCUAGAGCGGUUCAACAACUUGAAAACUUUUGUGUACAAUGGAGAUGACGUUUUGAAUGCAGAUUUUCCUUCCUACCGGGACGACGACAUUACCGACAAUGACCAUGAAGACCAUUACCAAGAUCGACAGCCUUGCUUUCCACUACAACCACUUCAAGCAUCUGUGCAAAAUUUGUGGCUCGGUAUGGAUUAUGAGGCCGAGCAGAUGUGGGACCCAGCCGGGCUUGUUCAUCACUCAUUACUGGACUUCCGAUCUCUCAAGAGAUUGAUCAUCUGUUCCUCUAUGCUCUUCGGGACAUGCUUCGAGACCACCGGCGACAAAGAACGAUCGGGAGCUGGACCGAAGUCCCUGGAGACCUUCCUGCCAGCAAGUAUCGAAGAAUUGUUGCUGUUUGAACUCGACGAUGAUAGUUUCAGAGCACGAGUUCCAGUUCAUGGCUACAUCAAAGGAAGUGUGGGAGGUAGCCAGAAUUUACCUCGUUUGAGGAAGAUCUCCAUCAUUGGGGGGGAGCGAACGAGUACCUACGAGCAUCGCAAACUCCAUUCUGGGAAGCUCGUUGAAUGUCCUCACAUCGGUGAAGGCCGCGAUGGUUGGCCGCGACAUUAUCUGUGCCGCCAAUUCAGUCCAGUGGAAAAUCGCUUUGUCGGGUACACACAGACAACCCAUAAGAGUGAUCAGUGCACCAGCGGAACUGACACUACCAAUGAACAGAAUGUGUGGACUGUGUGCUUCAGUGAAUUUAUUCCGAGAGAUACGCCAGCAACUUUUGGUUUGGACGGCUUGAAUAAAUUUCGGAAGGCUGCCAAUGGAAGUCGGGUAUCUAGUUGA